ACUUCAGUUCAUAGAAAAUGGCUUGUCGGAGAGGUUUUCUAUUUUUUAUUGUGCUUGUGUUAAUAUUUGUUAUUUCAACAAUCUCCCAGGAUGCCUACAGAGAAAAUAAAAAAACUUUGAGCAAUGAGAACUCAAAACUAAAUGUCAAUCAAAUGCGAUAUCUAGCCGGACUUUCGGAUCUGGAAAACCUUCGCAAAAAUGUGAAAAGAAUUGCGGUUAAAAGGGUGGUCGGAACACCAGAACAUUCGGCAGUAAGAAAUUAUAUAGUGGACUACCUAAAAAAUCUUGACUGGAAUGUUGAACUGGACUCUGUAACGAAGGAGGUACCAAUUUUGGGAACCCUAACCUUCCACAACAUUGUGGCCCGUCAAAAUCCGAAGGCAAAGAGAUAUCUUAUGUUGGGCUGCCAUUAUGAUAGCAAGUAUUUCAAGGACUUCGAUUUUGUUGCCACCGUAGAUUCAGCAGUUCCCUGUGCCAUGAUGCUAAAUAUGGCAACGAUUUUGAAGAGUCUCUUUCGUGAAUCUGAUAUCAGUUUAAUGUUUGUCUUUUUUGAUGGAGAAGAGGCAUUUGGAAAUUGGACGGAAGAGGACUCUCUUCAUGGUUCUCAACAUUUGGCGAAAGUGUGGGAGGAACAAGGCUUCCUAGAAAAAAUAGAUCUUCUUGUUCUUCUGGACCUAAUUGGUUCCAAAGGUAUAACCUUUAAAUUGAACAUUCCAACAACUUUGAAUUGGUUCAAACGAUUCGUUCAACUGGAGCUGAAUCUUGUUAACUCGAAAAUUUUACGCUUGGGCCAACGAAUUUUUCAACUAGAACCAAGCCGUGAUGCACAGGAUGAUCACCUGCCGUUUAUCCGUCGAAAUGUAAAAGUUGUUCAUCUGAUAGCCAGUGAAUUUCCACCAGUGUGGCAUAAACCAGAAGACGUGGAGCAAAAUGUAGAUUAUAACACCACAAAUCAAGUGGAUGUUAUUCUGCGAAUGUUUGUGGUGGAAUAUCUUAACUUGGCUUCCUAUUUACCUGUUGGUGUGACUAAUUAAUGGAAUUUCAAUAAUAAUAAUUACCCUUUGCUUACAAUUAAAACCAAUCACUUGUCAUUGUAACUAAUAAAAUAAAUACAUUUCUUGAUUGCUUAAAAAAAUGUACUGCAAAUCUCGAGUGGUCAAAAAAUUUAAUAAAAAUUUAAACCAGAUAGGAAA